AUGAUCCUUGUUAACACCACCUUUGAUGGUAAAGGUUAUGGUGGUUGGCGUAGGGGCAUCUUGAUAGCCUUAUCAGCUAAAAAUAAGGUUGUAUUCAUUGAUGGCUCGAUCAUUCCACCAAGUAACACCCCUGACUCUCACAUAUCUAGAUGUAAAUGCAACAACAUGGUCAUUUCCUGGCUCUUGAACUCCCUUUCAAAGGAGAUUGCUGAGAGUGUUUUCUACUCAAAAACAACAAAACAAUUAUGGGAGGAGCUUGAGGAGAGGUUUGGCCAAAACAAUGGACCUCUUCUUUAUCAAUUAUCAAAGGAUAUCGGUGAAUUAGCUCAAGGAAAUUUGGACAUUGCUACAUACUACACAAAAUUAAAGAGACUCUGGGAUGAGCUGGACAGCCUUGAUACAUGCCAAACUUGCACUUGUGAUUGUUCAUAUGGAGUGAAUUAUUCUUAUUCUGUGUUAAUCAGUGAUGAAAAGCAUAGGGAAGUUCAAAUAUCACAGCAUCCAGGUGCUACUAUUUUUUAUGCUUCUAAGCAGCCUUAUGCAGGUCACAACUAUGUUGCUGAUCCUUCUAACUAUCUGUACUGUAAAAGAACAAAUCAUACUGCUGACAAUUGUUAUAGGUUGAUUGAUAUCCCUGCUGAUUUUAAGUUUACUAAGUCUAAGAGGAUGGGAACUCCAGCUAAAAGCAAUGCAGCUUACUUAAAUGGGGAGAUUGGGAACAACUCAGGGGACAAACCAAUGACUCAGGAUCGGUAUCAUAACCUUUACCAACUUUUGCAGCAUGUAAAGUGA